GAUCCCACCCCUCUUCCCGCAGGACCCCGAACCCCAAAUGAUCCUUCAGCAGGCCCUGGAGCGAGACCGACCGAAUUGGGCCCAGGGUGACCCGCGAGCUACCUUGGGGACGCCUCGAGGCUUGGACACGAGCUCCCCUCUCCGAGGAGCUGUGCCCAUGAGCACCAAGCGGCGCCUGGAGGAGGAGCAGUCUUUCCCCAGGGAGCCCCUUCGAAAGCAGUUCCUGUCUGAGGAGAAUAUGGCCACCCACUUCUCUCGACUCAGUCUGCAUAAUGACCACCCUUACUGCAGCACCCCGCUGGCUUUCUCCCCAGCUCUGCCCCCUCUCAGGAGCCCUUGCUCUGAGCUGCUUCUGUGGCGCUACCCUGGAAACUUGAUCCCUGAGGCCCUCCGACUGCUGAGGCUGGGGGACACUCCUGCAUCCCACUACCCUGCAACCCCAGCUGGGGAAAUAAUGGAGCUCUGAGUGCUGGCAGGCAGUGCACCUGCCCACCCUUCUUCUCCACAAGAGAGAAGACCAACACCACCAUGAAGGGACCAGGUGCCCUGCUUUUCUUCCAGAUCAGGCCUUUGGGCACCAAGACCUUCCCCCAACAGAGGACAGUGAGCCUGGGGUAGGAGGGACAGGAGGGACAGCCGCAUGGAAAGAGAAGCAAUCUCCCCCCGCAGAAGAAUUGAAUAAAGAAUGCUGAACAGAUA